AUGUCACAUCCAGCAGCUAGUGUUAAAUCUAUAUUUAGUGGGAAGAUGAAUAUAGAUACGCCCGAUGAGUUAGAGCCGUACGAAUAUUCGAAUAAUAAUAGUUAUGACAAUUUCUCACAGAAUGAUGUCGAAAACGAUGAUAUGUCGUCGAAACUUAGCCAGGAAUCCAAUUAUAGUGUCAACUCGAAGAAUUUGAAGGCUUUGGCUAACAUGCAGCCUAAUGGGAAGGCGAACGAAAAUCAGUUUUAUAACCAAGAUUCGUACACCAAUGUGUCAAUAUUAUCUUCGGGAAGCGACUACCAGCAAAAUUACGUGAGCUCGAGUGUAAACUCGCCGAAUGUGGCGUUAAGUUCUGAAUCAAUUGAAGAUAUGAACCAUAAUUUGCUCCCCUUUGAAUCAUGUUCCAGGCCAUUAUCCCGUAAUUCUACGACAUCGUGUCUUUCGACUACGGCUACUAAGGAUGGGAUCGAGGGUAAGAAGUUGCACAGAUAUGGCCCCACGCAGUAUUCGAGCAAUAUUAUUGCGAACAUGAUCCAGAAUUCGAAUCUGUAUCCACCCCCGCCUCCACCACAUCAGAGUAGGCAUAACUAUACGAAUACAGGAAUGGAAAAGAUCAAUUUGUUGAAUACUGACCCCAUAAACCAUGAUCCAUAA